UAUCGUCCCGCGCGCGUUUUAUAUAUAUAAACCGCGAGAGAGAGAGAGCGACUGCACACCCCCGUCGACAAUAUGUGAUACGACCGCGGUGGCGCAGCAGCGGUGGCGGCGCCGAGCACACACACACACCCAACACGCAGAGAGAGCCACAAGAGUGCCAGUGAAUAAUAAUGGCACCGAUCAUCCCCGACGACACGGAUGGUUGCCUCGACAACCGCAGGAACAGGAGCAGGAGGGGCUGGACCAACGCUAAAAAGCUCCCCGCCGCCAACUGAGAACAGAGAGAGAGAGAAAAGCUCGCAAGCGUGUGUGCAUGAGAGGAUCGCAGGCUCGGGUGGGUGCAGAUCGCGCAGCCGCCACCGCCGCGAGCCUCUAUAUAAUAGCGAAAUAUCGUAUACCAGACGAAGCAGCAUCAGCAGCAUCAGGAGAAACGGGAGGAGGUGGAGGAGGAGUGUAGCGCGCUAGGGAGGAUGUUCCUAAGGGAAUCCGACGAGCACAGCUUCAACGCCGAAAUGGAGUUUCUCCAGAGCCAUCAUUCGGCCAACAGCUCCGAGUUGCCCUAUACGCUCGCCGGUGCCGAUAUUGUUUGCAUAAUUGAAGGCUCGGUGGGAAGCAUCGAGGCGAGCAUACCGUCGGGUCUGUGCUCGGGCUCGCUCGGCGGCGGAGGUCCCGGAGGAGGAGUCAUAGUCAACGGCGGGGCCGGCGCUGGUGGCGGCGACGAUGACGAUCUCAACAACUGCGCCGAUCCCGAUCAUCAUCAGCAUCAGCAUCAGCAGCAUCAUCACCAGGGCCUCAUUGGUCUGAGGCUGCAGGAUCUACAAUCUGCCACCGGCGGCUCCGAGGACGAUCCGCAACAGCAACAGCAUCAGCAGCAGCAGCAGCAGCAUAAUAACGGCACCACGACGCAGAUCACAGCAGCAGCAGCCGCCGCAGCAGCCGGCCAGUUAGUCGGCGAAUUCGGCACGAGCUUCUGGGUCGACGACAUGGCCGGCUUCCCGCUGCCGUCGCUCGAUCUCGACCCGCUGCCGCCCGGACUGUUCAGCCCCUGCUCCGGUACUUACAAUUGGGGCUGCGGCCGAGGCGACUGCAUGCCGCGCAGCGGCGGACCGAACGGCGAGGGCAUGGCCGACGUGCUGCUGUCGCUCAAGCACGCCGUGGUCCAUCCGGCCAGCCCGACGGGCGGCUACUACUCGAGCAUGGGCAUACCCGCGGGCCACGGCUACUCGCCCCAGGACUACUGCGGCCAGAGCCUGGGUCCCGGGCCCGGACAGACCGGAGCAGGUGGUAAUGGUGCUGGUGGCGGUGGACCGCCGAGCUCGCACUACGCCCAGCCGCCCCCGGCCAUGUCCGUCAACGUCUCCAUGAACAUGACCAUGAACAUGAACAUGCAUCCGGGGCAUGGCUACGAGCAGAGCUACGGCGGCGCGUGGGGCGUGGAGCCGCUUCUCAGUCCCGCCCCUCAGUACGACCCCCAGCCACCACAGCAGCAGCAGCAGCAACCACCACCGCAACCCGCGCCAACUCCGCAAGCUCAGCCACAAAGGGUCAUCGGUCAGCCAACCAAUGGCUUGGUUAUUGCUCAGCAGCAGCAGCAGCAACAGCAACAACAACAACAACAAGCACAACAGCACCACCAGCAACAACAACAGCAGCAGCAGCAGCAGCAACAAGCCCAGGCACAGGAUCAUGGACUUUGUAGCGGGACACUGGGGCAUCACGUGCCCCUGGCGUCGAGCGGCGGACAGGACGACGCCGCCAGGCCGAAUCUCUGUCGGAUCUGCGGCAAAACCUACGCCAGGCCGAGCACGCUCAAAACGCAUCUCAGGACGCACUCGGGCGAGAAGCCGUUCAGGUGUCACGCGUGCUCGAAGGCGUUCAGCCAGGCGGCCAAUCUGACGGCCCACGCGCGCACCCACUCGGGCGAAAAGCCCUUCAGGUGUCCGAUCUGCGACAGGAGGUUCUCACAGAGCAGCUCGGUCACCACCCACAUGAGGACGCACUCGGGCGAGCGGCCCUACAGGUGUCGGUUCUGCAAAAAGGCCUUCUCCGACAGCUCGACGCUGACCAAGCACCUGCGCAUACACUCGGGCGAAAAGCCCUACCAGUGCAAGCUCUGCCUGCUGAGGUUCAGCCAGAGCGGCAAUCUCAACAGGCAUAUGCGCGUGCACGGCGGCUCGCUGACGUGACGAUCGAGUGGCCCCACCAUCGGCGCGGCGGCGGCGGCAGCAGCAGCAGCAGCAGCGGUAGCAGUAGCGACUCAUAAUCAUCAUCAUCAUCCCGACUAUCGACAUCACCACCCCCGCGACGCUUUUGCCUUUGUAUCUCAUCAUCAUCAUCAUCAUCACCUCCCGAGCGCGUAUAAUCAGCUCCAGCAGCAGGACGUCCAGCAACAGCAGCAGCAACAGCCACCGGUGCCGCCUUGUUGCCGCAUACCCGUCAUACGGCUCGGAGCAGCGACUUUACAACGAAAAUAAUCAAAACUCUUUAGCUCCCCCCAAUCUCUAUACCGUAUUGAAUAUCGAGUUUUACCUAAGAAUCUUAUUGUUAUAUAAUCUAAUUAUUGUGGACUAUUGCGUCGUUUUUCGACUUUCCGAAGCUCGCUCGUUCUCGAGGCCAAGUCGAUAAUAUUUCCAAGAAAAUCAAAAUCGAAACAAUCAUAGUCUCUUGUGUAUUAUAAUAAAAAUUAAGAAAAUGAGUUAAGCAGACUGAACGGACUUUUCGACUAUAAAACAAACAAAAAAACAAUUGUACGCGUUCAAGGAAAUUUUUACAGACCGUCUAGGUGUAAUAUUAGGAGCUGUGUGUUUAAUAUUCAUUCAUGUUAUUUUUAAAACAACACGUCUGUUUCGUGAAUAACAAGUAAAUUAAAAAGCAGCAAAAUUAUUGUCUAUUGCGAAAUAAAAACAACUAGUCUGAGUAUCAAAGAAUCGAAAAAAAAAGCAAAACAUUUUUGUGUGUGAUUUUUAAGUUAGAUGAAAGAAAUUUUUUGUAUGAAAUAAUGAAAUUAUUGUGGAAAUUGAAAAAAAAAACAAUGAUAAACUAGACGAUAAAAGAGAUAUUAAAAAAGGAAUAGGUGUACAAAAAACGAUUCAGAUAUCAAUGAAAUCAUACACCACGGCACCGUUGAAUUAUUGUACAAAUAUUGUAUUUAUUAUAUAAUAAUUAUUAUUAAUUAUAAUUAAUUGUAAUGUUGCUGUUUUCACCACUUUCAAUUAUCAUCUUGCGUGGCUUUUUAUUUUUUUCUCGUUAUCAUUAUUAUUACUCGCCAACUUAUUUUCAUUUAAACGAUACCUUUUCUUCUCACUUAUAUUCGACGAUUCGCGUUUAAUACUUUAUAAUUAUUAAAAAAAAACUUUUCUGUCGUU